CCGCUGUCGUGUUGUUUCAGGAAGUGAAUCUCAGUCGAUUGGGCUCUGUAGGAAAGCAUGAGCGAUGCAUCAGAAGUCGUAAAGGCUACCGGACAUGGAGAACUGGAGCCUUAUUUCACUGUGCGUGCUGCUCGGUUUAACGUCGAGAUGGACGGUGUCUUUUCACUCAUACUCAGGUGCAGGUAAACAGCCAAUGUUCGGGGACUAUGAAGCACAGAGACACUGGCAAGAAGUGACUUACAAUCUACCUGUUCAUGAAUGGUACUUCAUUACUACAAAUAAUGAUUUGAACUACUGGGGUCUUGAUUAUCCUCCUCUGACAGCAUAUCACAGCCUGGCCUGUGUAUAUGUAGCAAAGCUGCUCAAUCCUGAAUGGGUGGAGUUGCAUGCAUCUAGAGGCUAUGAAAGCCACUCACAUAAGUUGUUCAUGAGGGCCACAGUUCUUUUUACAGAUAUUUUGAUCUACAUUCCAGCAGUUUUGCUUUUCUGCUUCUACUUUUGCGAUGGGUCCUCUAAACAAAAGGUUGCCACAGCUCUCUGCAUCCUUCUGUAUCCAGGACUUAUACUUGACUACGGUCAUUUUCAAUAUAACAGUGUGAGCCUGUGUCUGGCUCUAUGGGGGAUAUUGGGACUUGGUUUGGGCUGGGAUCUGUUUGGUUCCUUGGCCUUCACUUUGGCUCUCAAUUACAAGCAAAUGGAAUUGUACCACUCACUGCCUUUCUUCUGCUAUCUCCUGGGCAAGUACAUCAACCAGGGUUUGACUGGGAGAGGGCCACCAGUCUUUGAGGAAUCACAUGUCGGUACCCCAGCAGAAAGGUCAACGAGCACUCAGAACAGAUCGGAUAAAGUGGCUAACACAUGGUGCAGCUUGAAUGUGCUGAUAAAUAUCAAGACCCUGCUGUCCAGAGAGACUCAGCUGUUCCUCAGUUUUGCUCUUACUCUGUUGUUCAUCCUGCCUUCAUCUUUAAAAUUGUUGUCCAAACCCAAUCUAUGGCAGUUUAAGCUCACCUUGGUAAACUCCUCCCUGGCUUUUUUCCUCUUCUCCUUCCAAGUCCAUGAGAAGUCUAUCCUUCUAGCAGCCUUGCCAGUUUGCCUUGUCAUCAACGAAAUACCUCUGAUUGCCAUUUGGUUUCUACUAACGUCAACUUUCAGCAUGCUCCCCCUUCUGGUGAAGGACGGUCUGCUGUUGCCUUAUGUGGUGACCUCAUUGGCGUUCCUCUUUCUGAGUUUGUAUCUGCUCUCUGCUUUAGAGAGAAGUACAGAAGAAGAGCUCAGACUUGGCCUCUAUCGCAAACUCACUCAGCACUGGCUGCCUAAACUCAACCUCAGCCGGAUCAUUAAAUGGAAAUUCUGGUUUUCACUGGAGGCCAUGGCAGCGUUGAGCUUUUUGAGUGUGUGGUUGGAGCCUCCGGCCAAGUUGCCUGAUCUGUUUCCAGUGCUGGUCUCAGUCCUUUCCUUUCUCCACUUUCUGGGCUUCGUCAUAUAUUUCAACCUGGUCCAGUUGCCGCAGAGGGAAAAAGAGUCUGAAGAAAACAAACUGAAAUAUGUCUUCAAAGACAUUGGUUGUCAAAGGAAGAACUACAGCCAGUGUGAUGGUGAAAGGAAAGGACAACCCCUUUGGUUAGAAUAGAACAGGAUGGGAAUAGUUUGUAAAAAUUCAAUUUCUUCUUAAUGAGGUUCAGGGACUUUGCUUGAGUUGAGAAGAGUGAAUCCAAUGAAAGGAGAUACAGUUUUGCCAGACUUUCUCUCACUUGUUUGUCUUGGAAACAAAUUCAGUUAGUGGGAUAUUGGUAUUGUGUAAAAUACCAAGCUGUAAGGCCAUUAUUUUUACAUUUUUGAUACAUCAUUAAAUGGUUUUGUACCAAAUGAAAGUAAAAAUAAUGACC